AAACGCCUUCUUAUAUCUAUCUCCACUUUUGAAAGUUUACAUUUAUCUUCAUCUCAAAUUUAUUUCUUCAACCAAAUACCGAAAAAACAUGCAAGAAUCAAGAGUGUUUCACUCCUCUACUAUCGCCACUAAGCACUCCCCAGAAGCUCAACGACUAAGAGACAAGAAGGUGAAGGACUUGAUGCAGAACAACAAGCGUAGGCUAGUAGAGGUGCCGUACACAGCGUCCCUGGCCCACACCAUGAACGCUCUGGUGGCCAACCGGGUGGUGGCGGUGCCGGUGGCGGCGCCGCCGGGACACUGGAUCGGAGCCGGUGGCUCUAUGAUCAUGGAAGCGGACAAGCAAACGGGGACCGUAAGGAAACAUUACAUAGGGAUGGUCACCAUGCUAGACAUCUUGGCACACAUUGCUGAUGCUAAUGACGACGAGAUGGACGGGGGUGAUGGCUCGGAUCUUGAUCGGAAAAUGUCAGUCGAGGUGUCGGCGAUCAUAGGACAUUGCCUGGAGGGUCUCAGUUUGUGGACUUUAAACCCAAAUACUAGCCUACUAGACUGUAUGGAAGUUUUCAGCAAAGGAAUCCACCGUGCUCUAGUGCCACUAGACAGCCACAUGGACAACGUCUCUGGCGUGGAACUAGUAGAGUCUGCGUCAACAUAUCAAAUGGUAACACAAAUGGAUGUGUUAAGGUUUUUGAAGGAACGCGAUUCGGAGAUUCAGAGCAUAACGUCGACUUCUGUCAAGGAUUUGGGAGCAAUUACUGAGAACAACGUUUUCGCGAUAAGUCAUCGCACCAAAGUUAUAGAUGCCAUCAAGUCCAUGAGGAUUGCCUUGCUAAACGCUGUUCCUAUAGUAAGAGCCACAGAUAUCCGUGAAGAAGAUCACAAGCAGCUUAUAAAUGGAAGAGGUAGGGAGGUUCUAGGGACGUUUUCUUCGACCGAUCUGAGGGGGUGUCACUUAUCGACACUGAAAUCAUGGUUGCCACUGAGUGCUCUAGAGUUCACUGAAACAGUGUGGACGAGCCCUUUAUUUGCAGAACAAAGUAGUACUGGUGGGAAUCCCAGGAGGGAGAUUGUGAGUUGUGAAGCUGAAUCAUCUCUUGCAGAAGUGAUUGACAAGGCAGUCACUCACCAUGUUCACCGAGUUUGGGUCGUGGAUUCUCAGGGUUUGCUUGUUGGGCUUGUUUCUCUCACGGAUAUAGUUAGGGUCCUGAGGCUCUCUCUCAUGUCCUAGUAGUUAGUUAUAGAGAAAGU